AUGACAAUCCCACGUCGCUUGGGAGCCGAUAUACCACGUCUUUCUCCUAAGUGGACAUUGCUCUCCUUGCUUCUGGAUGUUGUCCUUCUCACGCUUGACACUACUGCAUGGGUUCUCACAAUCAUGAUUGCGCCGGCCCCCUUCAUACUGAGCGGUCUCUUGGAGGUGAUCAUAGACUACAAAGUGACUCGAUGCACGACCAUCCACCAGCCAAUCAGCCGCCUUCCACCACGAGAGAGAGUUCAGCUAUUGACCGCUGUCCUUGCUGGCAAUCUGGCAAUUGAGGGAGUUCCGGUCAAUCCUCAACGAGAGCUAGACGGCGAGCUCAACGUCACCAAGCAUGGAGAUGCUGUUGACGAAGAAACGAAAGUCAGGCUGUGCUCGAUGCUAGACUGUCAAUUUCCGUUCGGUGCUGCUGUCGGCGCGCCAAUUUUGCUCUACAUUGGGUCCUUCAUUUUCUCACUCGUCAGUCUGGCUGGGACCCUUGGUGACAAGGGUGCUGCACGCGCACUGGCUUUUGGGAUAUGGUGGAUGACGAUCGUGCAUGUAUCUGCAAUCAGGCAUGUUUCACACGCACUUGAUUCCUCCGCAAAGAGCAUUGCUGAUGUAGAUUCUCUUAGUGGAAGUCUACUUUCGAGCAACAACCCCAGCACCGCAGCAGCCAUAGUUCGUCGUCAACGCAUAGUACUAACGGUUUCGGAGCGGCUACAAUAUGCAGAUACAAGGUCACAAUUAGAGGACAGGAUCCAAGCGAGAGUGGAGGCUUACUCCAGGAUCCCUCUGAUCUAUAAGUCGCGCUUCGAGCCAGUCUGGAUGUGGACACGGGGUAAAAACAAAGCAGCUUGGAUCAAGGGCACUAUGGCAUGGCGAAAAAGCUGGUUCCGCGAUUACAUGGAAAUGUCGGGUUGGGCUUGGUUGCUGUUAACAUUGGUGGCCUACCUCCUGGUACUCAUACCUUGCAUUCUUGCUUUCUGGAUAGAAUACGCUACGCCCGUUGUCGAAAUCGGAUGCCGAGCACUCACAAUACUGGUCUACGCCUGCGCUCAGCUGGUCUUCGUUGUCCUAUCUGCAUGGAGCCACGUCAAGGCCGUCCAAGAAGAGGACUACUGGGAACGUCAUCGCUGGCUCAACCGACUCAGACGAAAAUGGGUCGGUGUUCUUGUCACUGUGCUCCUUCUAUUACCAGCCUGGAUAGCAGCAGUCUUCACCACUUUCGCAGGCACUCUCAUGCAAAUUACCGGCAUCUUCCAGAACUGCAUCUGCUCCGCUACCCAUACUUGGACGUUCCCAAUCCAAUCGACGGUCUCCCUAGCCACUGACACAGCAGAAGAUCGACAAUCAUCUAAAUACUGGAGCAUUGCUGGAUAUAUCGCUCUUGGCUUCCUCGCUUGCAUCACAUACCUAGGCUGGUGGUGUCAGCGCAACAUGCGCGAUGUCUUCAUGGAACGCGUGAACGAUUUGGUAGGAAGCCCAGAUGACGAGCCAGACAAGAAUGGAGCUACUAUGGAUCUCGCCGCGCCAUAUACAAGAUCGGAGCACACCGUGUCAGGAACAACGGAGGAGAAAAUUCACCUAGAGGACACGAUCUCAAAGUCAGUAAACGAACUGCAGAAAUGCCACAAUCACCACCCAUGCGACAUCACAACAAGUGUUCACGAUUCACAGCAUGCUGAGCAAGCAAUAAACAGCUCCCAGAUACAACAUACCGCUGUUGAGGUGUGA